GGGAGGGCGGAAUGGCUAUUUAAAGAGGGAACCAAGGAGAGAGGCAGAAAAACAGAGUAAAACACGAGCCAGAGCAUCGAGUAACCGCCUCCAUAUAGCCGGACGAGCUGCCUUCGUCGUGCCAUCACUCAUCUAUCUCCACUUAUCCACCAUCUCCACCUCUUCCAGCGGAUAACUGACACGUUCAUAUGCUGGUUAUUUCCUAUUUUUCCAAAGGAUAACCGUCUCAGUCUGCCUCAGUCUUCUCUCAGGAGGCUGAAAACAUGGGAAAAGACUAUUACAAAAUACUGGGGAUCUCGAAAGGAGCCGCAGAAGAGGACAUUAAAAAGGCGUACAGAAAACAGGCUCUGAAAUGGCACCCCGAUAAAAACAAGGCGCCCAACGCCAGCGAGAAAUUUAAGGAGAUAGCCGAGGCUUACGAGGUGCUGAGCGACCCGAAAAAACGAGAGAUAUACGACCAACACGGAGAGGAAGGUCUUAAAGGUGGUGGCGGCCCCACUGAUGGACAAGGCAGCAACUUCACCUACACCUUUCAUGGAGACCCCCACGCAACUUUCGCCACCUUCUUCGGCGGCGCCAACCCGUUCGAGAUGUUCUUCGGCAGGAAGGUGAACGGCAGGGACGACGACGACAUGGAAGUGGACGGCAGCGACCCGUUCGGCUCCUUCACCAGCUUUAACAUCAACGGCUUCCCCCGUGGCGAGCGGCCCGUGGGCUUGGGUGGGCAGCCGCGGAGCAGGAAGCAGGACCCUGCCAUUCACCAUGAGCUGAGAGUGUCCCUGGAGGAGGUCUUUCACGGCUGCACCAAGCGAAUGAAGAUCUCACGCAAGCGGCUGAACCCAGAUGGACGCACCAUGAGGACAGAGGACAAGAUCUUGACCAUCGAGAUUAAGCGUGGCUGGAAGGAAGGCACAAAGAUCACAUUCCCCCGAGAGGGUGAUGAAGCACCCAACACCAUCCCAGCUGACAUAGUGUUCGUCAUCAAGGACAAGCCUCACGCCCACUUCAGGAGAGAGGGGUCGGAUAUUGUCUACCCAGUGCGCGUCAGUCUGCGGCAGUCGUUGUGUGGCUGCUCCGUUACUGUGUCAACGAUAGAUGGGAAAACGUGCAACAUAAAGAUAACUGACGUCAUCAAACCUGGCAUGAGGAAGACAAUCGCUGGACAGGGUUUGCCCUUCCCUAAAAACCCAGAUCAAAGAGGAGACCUCAUAGUGGAGUUUGAUGUGAAUUUUCCAGACACUCUGCCGACUAACGCCAAGGACGUCCUGAAACGGCACUUGCCCACUUCGUAAAAUCAAAGAAAGGGACCGGACUGAAAUGACAUUCAAGUCCCGAAAACUGUUGUUAUUUUUUUUCCCCCACCUGUCCUUGAACUUUAUUGACAAAUCACUGCUACACCCCAUACAGAAUGUGCAAUCUCUAUUUUUUUUUUAUCUAUUUAGGGUUUAGUAUUGUCUGUUUUCUGUUGCAUGCUGAAACAAGGUCAUAAAAGUGCUACAAGUGCUAACUCCAUGUAUCAGAAGUAAAUGUGGAAAUUUGA